AUGGCUACAGGCCAGCGCAGACUAGAGAAUGCCUACCACCUGGGCUGCUGCUCCGAAUUGCAUUCCCUGCACAUUGUAUGCUCGGAGCACAGGGAAACAGCACUGCCUCAGCUUUCUGGGCUUCUCCCAUAUCCAAACCAUGGGGCAUCUGGGUGGUUCAGUACCUCAUCUGCCAACCUGAGGAUAAAUAACAGUACCCACCCGAAAGGGCUGAUUGCAGGACCAAGUGGCACAAUAAAAGUAAAGCCCUUAGCAGUCCCGGCGGCGCGCUCGGCCGCGGAGGAGGCUGCCCGGCCGGGGCAGCGGAGGCGCUGCGCUCCGCGAGGGGAGGCCGAGUGUGCCAAGCUGGCGCCCGGCGGGGCCAUGGUGGCCGGCUCCCGAGGCCUCCUGGCGCUCCUGUUUGUGGUCUCCGCCCCGCGCCGGCUGCAGGCGGGCGAGCUGGGUGAUGGCUGUGGGCACAUAGUGACCUAUCAGGACAGUGGCACCAUGACGUCCAAGAAUUACCCAGGGACUUACCCCAAUCACACGGUGUGUGAAAAGACCAUCAGAGUACCAAAAGGGAAGAAACUGAUCCUGAGGCUAGGAGAUGUGGAUAUUGAAUCCCAGACCUGUGCUUCUGACUACCUUCUCUUCACCACCAAUUCUGAUCAAUAUGGACCAUAUUGUGGAAGUUUGCCUGUCCCCAAAGAACUCCUAUUGAACACGAACGAAGUCACUGUUCGCUUUGAGAGUGGAUCCCACAUUUCGGGGCGGGGAUUUUUGCUGACCUAUGCCAGCAGUGACCAUCCAGAUUUGAUAACGUGUUUGGAACGCGCUAACCAUUACUUGAACACAGAAUACAGCAAAUUCUGCCCAGCUGGUUGUCGAGACAUUGCAGGAGACAUUUCUGGGAAUCUGGUGGAUGGAUACAGAGAUCCAAGGACAUGCCCGUUCACAUCACAGAGUAACAACAUCACGUCUGGGACCAGGAAAGCCAGCAGCCCUGCACUUCUGUAUUAGUCCGUCCUUCCUCGCACCCCCAGUUUCUUCUACAGAACAAGACUCUCCAUUGUAUAUGUUGUUCCCAGAGAAAAAAUACAUUCUUAAGAAGUCGUUUGUCUAAAGUAUAUAUCCUGUCUCCACAUCAUUUCUUACUAUUUACAGAUCUUAAUCCUGGAAAUUUGGUAUCCGGUUUUUGAAUAUUAACAUUGCUACUUAAACUAGUUGAGUUUCUAGCAUAAGAGAAUUGGCUUGAGUUAUUAGAAAUGUGAAAAUCUGUGUAGUGAUGGAACUUUUCUAAGAAUUAUUGACGUGUCUUCAUGCAUCAAAGAAAACAUACAUAUUCCAGAAGAUGGAUAAUUUCAUCUCCAGUAGGCGGGAAACAGACCUGGCUUUAAUUUUUGCUUUUAAUAGAUCCUGAUUCUGGAAGUAGCGUACUUUGCUAUUUUGCUCUGUUUUCUUUAUCAUGUAUUGUCUUUAUUUGCAAGACUGACAUAGGAUAUGCAUUUGGCCUAUAAAUUGUUUGAAUCUUAAAAUGAUUUCUCAUACCUCAAUUUGAGCUAUACUAGAGGCUAUUUCUAAAUGACUUCAGAAAAUUAAGGGAAAUAAACAGUUGAAGUGUACUUUUCUCUCAGCAA